GGUCGGCGGCCGGCGCACUAUGCGAGGCCGGGAGGAUGGCGGUGGAAGCUAUCCAUUGCAAUCUGAAUCCAAAUGGUAUUGAUCACCCUGUCCCCACAGAAGGCAUUAAUCUGCAACUUGAAGGUGAAGGAGUUGAAUCACCCUCUGUUAAGAGCACUAGUACUCCAAAGGGGCCCGAGUCAAGAGAGACACCCAAGAGACAACAAGCGGAGCCAGAAAUAUCUAAGUCUGGGACUGUGAAGCUGACCAAGCCUGUGGCGUUAUGGACCCAGCAGGAUGUCUGCAAAUGGCUGAAGAAACAUUGCCCUAAUCAGUAUCAAAUCUACAGUGAGUCAUUCAAACAGCAUGACAUAACUGGCCGUGCUUUGCUGAGACUUACUGACAAAAAGCUUGAACGAAUGGGCAUUGCCCAGGAAAGCCUGCGACAGCACAUUCUGCAGCAAGUCCUUCAGCUGAAGGUGAGAGAAGAAGUCCGAAACCUCCAGCUGCUUACACAAGAUCUCUACUUAAACCUGGAGCAUGGUUUUUUGAGGGUCAUAGAAAAGCAGCCAGCCCUUACAGCCCAUCAAGAGUCUCCUCCUUCCUUGCUGCAAGUUCCUGCUCCCGGGGGCAAAGAAGCAAACAAGAACUGAAGCUGCCUUUUUGAGCUGCGUGACUGAUGCAGACAGCUUUUGUUUUAAACACAGGAGUCCAGUUCCUGGAGUGCAGGGCUGCGCGUACUCAGCAGCAAUGUUCCCCAGGGUGGGUGUUUUUAGGAACGGUUCCUGCGUGAAGGUGCGCAUAACUGCCCCAUGCUUUGGCUACAGAGUGCAACGGGCUUCUGAAAAAGGGCGCUGUAACCUGUAGCAUUUACUCUAAAAGCAGUUUAUUCCUCUCUAUUUGUUAGUCUUUUACCUCAGCACAUUAAUUCAACCUGUUCUGCCACUGUUAAGACAUCGAUAGCCAUAGCCCUUUAGUUUCUUCCUUUUAUGGGAACUUUUGGACAUUUAUUUUUUCUAUGAACAUAUCGAUUUCCUAUCUACACCUUUCUUGUGCUGUAGAGAAAAAGAAGUGAAAUUGGAGGUGUUAUAUUUGCAGAGGGAUAGAAUUGCAUCUUUUUUUUUCUUCCUGAGAGCAAAAUAAAGUAGAUAUGAGUCUGGGUUUUUCAGCAUAGCUCUCAAGGAUGCAGGGAAUACAGCUGCAGUGGGAUGUGAGUAUCCAGGUGCCGAGCCAUGAACACGGCAGGAGGAGGCUGAGAGUCCUGAUCAGGCACCUCCAUUUAAAUCUUUGCUGUGCAGCUCUUGAGGUAGCUGCCAUAAUCUCUCCUCAAAGUAGAUGCUGUGUGGGGGAAACAAAGGGUCCUGCCUUUUCCCUUCAGCCUCUGCCUGCUGGGAGUGAGAGCAGUCUCUGUCUUGAGGAGCAUGCAGUCCUGUUACUGCCUGUCCUAAUUUGCUGUACAGCUCAGCCUGUGACUGGAGGCAGUCUGAAUGUGGAGGGCGCACGCACAGGGAGUUGCGCUGGGUGUCAGAUCACCUCCUGAGAGUUCUGCCAGGAUCCAUAUCAACCACAUUAUGCUUCUGCUGAGUGCAUUUCUGGCUUUCCUUUUUUGAUUUUUUUUUUAAUCACUGGUAUUACACCAACCAGCAUGUCAGGUAGUAACAGGAAUGUAGUAUUAUUUUAUUUGUGAUUACCACAUCUCCUGGACUCCAAGAUGUUCUAAUCUCUAUCCUUCCAUCAUCAUCCAGCUCUCUUCGAAGCUCUAUCCUUUGGUUUAUUUACUCUCCCUCUGUAAUUGAGAACUUUAUUGUUGAUUGCCAUGAAAAAUUGUUGGUGCUUAAAAAUAAAUGAUCCAUCUUCCA